AUUUGAGCAUUUGAAUCGAUAAGAACUCAAGUUAAUACUUGAUUAAGAAAGAAGUGUGUAUCUAAAUUUUAUUGUGUUUACGUCUAAAAUUAAGUGAUUAUUUUGGUGGUUAGCAAAAAUGUUUGGAUCUGGUAAUGGAACUGCAAUGCUUUUGCAAACCAUGUUAUUGCUGAUUAAUCAGCAGGAUAAUAAUACAGUUAGUGAUUCGAAUACGUAUUAUCAUGUGGAAAUCGGUGAAGAAAAUCUGGCCGAAAGAUGUUAUGGAAUUUAUGGAUGUUUUCAAAUAUCAUCACCAUGGACCUCGGAAUCACGACCGGUUUCAAUGUAUCCAGAAAGUCCUGAUAAGAUCCGACCAAAUUAUUUAAUGUAUACUAGACAGAAUAAAGAAGUUCCACAUUAUUUGGAUGUAAAUGAUCCAGACGUGGUAGAACAUUCAAACAUCGAUCCUGAAUUACCGAUAUUUUUUAUAUCGCAUGGAUAUAUGGAAGCUGGUAAUAGACCAUGGAUUCAUCGAAUGGCUGUGGAAUUAUUAGAACAUCAACCGUGUACUGUAAUUGCGGUCGAUUGGCACGGUGGAUCAAGUCCGCCAUAUACACAAGCCGUCGCAAAUAUUCGUCUUGUGGGUGCAAUUACUGCUCAUUUACUUGCCGAAAUUUCUCAAAUAACAGGUCCAAAAAAAUUGGAUCAUGUACAUUUAAUUGGACAUUCCCUGGGUGCACAUUUAUCUGGCUACGUUGGUUAUACGCUACAAAAUGAUUUUGGUUUAACAGUUGGCCGUAUCACGGGUUUAGAUCCAGCCGAACCACAUUUCGCUAAAUCUGUACCACAAGUACGAUUAGAUCGAAGUGCUGCCAAAUAUGUUGAUAUUGUGCAUACAGAUGCAUCAGGUUUUGUUAAAGGUGGUUUUGGUAUUAUUGAAAGUAUUGGACAUGUGGAUUAUUAUCCAAAUGGGGGGUUAGAUCAACCUGGUUGUAGUGAUGGUGUAUUUCAGCAUAUUGCAGCCGAGCAAGGUUCAUUUUUUAUGGGUGUCAAAAAAUAUAUUAGUUGUAAUCAUGUACGAAGUCAUCAAUUUUUCACCGAGAGUAUAAGAUCACCCUGUAAAUUUACAACAAUACGAUGUGGCUCUUAUGAGCAUUUUAAGAAUGGUGAAUGCUUCGAAUGUAAUAAACGUGGACAAUUUUGUAUUAAAUUUGGAUUAGAGGGAAUACAUUCAUAUCGUGCAUUAGAAGAAGGUGGUCGAAUUGAAAAAGGACAACAAAUUCAAACGUAUUUCAUGACAUCCAGUGAACCGCAAUUUUGUAGGGGACAUUAUCGAGUUACCGUAACACUAUCAAAUUCAACAGACGCUAUACGGCAUGGUGGUGAAAUUGGAAUACUAUGGGUGAAAAUACAUGGUACAUCGGGAUCAACCAGUAGAAUAUCAUUACGUGAUACAGAAAAAUUCUAUGCACCUGGAAAAACAUAUAUGAAUGUAUUACCAGGAGAAGAAGUUGGUGUACCAAUAAGUGCCACAUUAGAAUGGGAGUUUAAAACAUCUUUCGUAAAUCCAUUAACGUGGCGUUUAUUAUCUAAUCCAAGAAUUUAUAUUAGUACUGUUAUUGUGGAAUCACUUGAGACAGGCACAAGAUUAAAAUUAUGUCCAGGAUCGAAUAGAGAAUUCAGUACAAAUCUACCGAAAAAAUUAUUACCAACAUAUUGUAAAUAUCAUUAAAAUGAAUAUCAACCAACACUGCAAUCAGCCAUGUGCAAUCCCAUGACGUCACAUCAAUUAAAGCAUAUAUUUUAUGCUGAAUUUUAAAUAGUAUUUUGUAUUCUAUAUUAGUUUAUAUAAAAGUAUUUAUAUUUAUUUUCUUACGGGUUUUCUAUUAGAAGUGUCCGAAUUUUAACCUAAAAAACAAUUUGUGUUUGAGAUAUCAUAACCAAGAACAUACAUAUUAAGGACAUGAAACCUCCUAUGCCGAGCUAUAAUCGCCCGUGGAUGAAUUUAAGGCGCCUAUCUGAACGGGGUCUAGUCAUCGGUUGUUGUGUACUUUACACUGCACAUCAGGAUGUCUAAGUGGUUAAAAUAAUUGAAAUUGUUCAAUUGAUUGAAAACAAAAGACAGCCUGAUGCGCCGUACAAAAUACGCAACGACCUAUAGACCCCGUCCAGGUAGGCGCUUUUCGAGCGUUGUCAAAACGUGAGGUUUGAUCGAGUACCCUUAAAAAUAAUCACAAAAAAUGUCAUCGCUGCGUCAAAUUUAAAAAAAAGAAAAAAAACUUUUAUGAUUAUUCACAAGUUGUUUAAUUCAAAGUUAAAGUUCACGGACACUCUUAAUGGAAAAUCCCUUAUUAUUUUUUAUUCUAUAAUACAAAAAAAAAAAACACGGUAUUACCAAAGAUGAUUUUAGAUAGUAAUUUAUUUGUUAUU